AUGAUCACCGACGCGGACGCGAGGGUCCCCGACGGAAGACUGCUUGGUGGACCUUUUCCACAACCUAUGGUCAGGCGAGCGGAGCCAGCUGAUGCUUCGUCUGCGGACUGGGCCGCCUUCACCCCGGAGGAGAGCAGCGUCGACGAGAUGCUCGAAAUGAUCACAACAGACACUGUGUCUGCAGAGAUGGAGCUUCCCGCUCCUGGCGAGAUCGUCACAGGAACUGUCGUGUCCUUGGUGGAGUGGGGCGCGUUCAUCGACCUGGAUGAUUCCGGCUGGACUGGGCUCGUUCACGUCUCUGAACUCUCGGACACAUUCAUCUCGAACAUCGAGGAAUGGCUCACUCGGGGUGACAAGGUGACUGCGGUGGUCAUCAGGGACGAGAAGAAGGACCGCAGGGACCGGCUGUCGCUCUCCAUCCGCCGCGUCCGAGCUUCCCAUGACGAGGAGUGA